CGGGGCUGGACAUGGCGGCGCGGCCCGGCCCGCGGGAAGAUGAAUAAGGGCUGGUUGGAGCUGGAGAGCGACCCUGGCCUUUGUGGGUAAUUGAGAACAACCUGUGUCACUCAGGAGUACAUGAGGAUGGUGUCUCCAUCCUGUGCAUGUCAGAGCUUGUCGUUGCUUUGCAGCUGAGUGGAUGGGUCAGACCCUCUCUCCCCAGGUAGCCCAGGAAGGGUGCUGAAGAGCCCAGUGUGGUGCUUGAGCAGCUGGGAGCAGGAUGGUCACAGGCAUCCUCUUCCCACUGUGUCAGAGAAGGUGGUUUCUGUGGUGGAGUCUUGGAGUUUGUUUUGCAGGUCUCUUCACACUCCUGGUUGAAGAUUUUGGGGUCAAGGGAGUGCAGGUUGAAGAGAUUUAUGAUCUGCAGAGCAAAUGCCAAGGCCCUGUGUAUGGGUUCAUCUUCCUGUUCAAGUGGAUUGAGGAGCGCAGAUCACGCCGGAAAGUCUCUACCCUGGUGGAUGAGACGUCGGUGAUCGAUGAUGACAUCGUUAAUAACAUGUUCUUUGCUCAUCAGCUGAUCCCCAAUUCCUGUGCCACCCAUGCCCUGCUGAGCGUCCUCCUGAACUGCAACAAUGUCGACCUGGGCCCCACGCUGAGCCGCAUGAAGGAUUUCACCAAAGGAUUUAGCCCUGAGAGUAAAGGCUAUGCCAUCGGCAAUGCCCCAGAGCUGGCCAAGGCCCACAACAGCCAUGCCAGGCCGGAGCCACGGCACUUGCCGGAAAAGCAGAAUGGUAUCAGCGCUGUGCGAACCAUGGAGGCUUUUCAUUUUGUCAGUUAUGUCCCCAUCAAGGGGCGGCUGUUUGAGCUGGACGGGCUCAAGGUCUAUCCCAUUGACCACGGGCCAUGGGCUGAUGAUGAGGAAUGGACAGACAAAGCCAGGAGAGUAAUCAUGGAGCGCAUCGGCCUGGCCACUGCAGGGGAGCCAUACCAUGACAUCCGCUUCAACCUGAUGGCUGUGGUGCCUGAUCGGAGGAUGAAGUAUGAGUCCAAGCUGCACAUCCUGAAGAUGAACCGCCAGACUGUGCUGGAGGCCUUGCAGCAGCUUAUCCGAGUAACUCAGCCGGAGCUGAUCCAGACCCAGAAGUCUCAGGAUUCUCAGCCUCCUGAAGAGGCAAAGCCAGUCAGCAGCAAGACUGUGACUCCAGAGAGCACCCAUCCAGAUGGCACUGACGAGCCCGCCAGCCAGGGCCACCCUGCAGCCACGCAGAGCCCACCCAACAAAUCCAAACCAGUGGCAAAGACGUCAGCAAGCGGUAUCAACGGGGCGCCUCUGGCGAACCCCAACCCCAUCGUGCAGAGGUUGCCGGCCUUCCUCGAUAAUCACAACUAUGCCAAGUCCCCUAUGCAGGAGGAGGAAGACCUUGCGGCAGGAGUGGGUCGCAGCCGGGUCCCAGUCCGACAGCACCAGCAGUACUCGGAUGAUGAAGAUGACUACGAUGAUGAUGAUGAGGAGGAAGUUCGUAACACCAACUCGGCCAUCAGGUACAAAAGGAAGGGACAGGUGAAGCAAGAGCACGUGGCAGGGGCUGCGGAUGGUCAGCUCUCCGUCCUGCAGCCCAACACCAUCAAUGUCCUGGCGGAGAAGCUGAAGGAAUCGCAAAAGGAUCUUUCCAUUCCACUGUCCAUCAAGACGAGCGGCGGGGGCGCUGCUGUGGCCGUGGUCACCCACUCCCAGCCCUCUCCCACCCCCAGCAACGAAAGCACCGACACCGCCUCUGAGAUCGGCAGCGCCUUCAACUCCCCGCUGCGCUCCCCCAUCCGCUCAGCCAACCCCACUCGCCCCUCCAGUCCCGUCACCUCCCACAUCUCCAAGGUGCUCUUCGGCGAGGAGGACGGCCUGCUGCGCGUUGACUGCAUGCGCUACAACCGGGCUGUCAGGGACCUGGGGCCCGUGAUCAGCACCGGCCUGCUGCACCUCACAGAGGAUGGCGUCUUCUGCCCGCUGGCUGUUGCAGAUGGGGGAAAAAGCUCCCCCCCUUCCAUCAAACCCGGUGAAGAGGCCCUGGUCACAAUCAAACUGGACGAGAAGGAAGGCAGUGAGGCCAGUGACAGCAAAGAGAAGGUGGGACUUGGCAGGACCAGUGAUCACCCUGGGGGGGAAAAGUAUUCUCCCAAGGAGCUGCUGGCACUGCUGAAGUGUGUGGAGGCAGAGAUUGCAAACUACGAGGCCUGCCUGAAGGAAGAGGUGGAGAAGAGGAAGAAAUUCAAGAUCGACGACCAGAGGAGAACCCAUAACUAUGAUGAGUUCAUCUGUACCUUCAUCUCCAUGCUGGCCCAGGAAGGCAUGCUGGCAAGCCUGGUGGAGCAGAACAUCUCCGUCCGCAGGCGGCAGGGCGUCAGCAUUGGCCGCCUGCACAAGCAGAGGAAGCCGGACCGCCGGAAACGCUCCCGCCCCUAUAAAGCCAAGCGGCAGUAGCCUGGGAGUCAAGACUGUGUGAAGAAGCAGCUGGGCUUUGUGGCUUUGGGUAGUGGCACUUGGAUCUAUGGUACCCUUUGCCAAAGGAAGAGGGACCACAGCAACAAGCCCUCGGCUGAGGUGGAGCCUGGGGACAAAGAGAAAUCGGGUUUUUCUCGGAGCCUGGGUUGUGAACGGCAGGAGUCGCGGCAGCAGAAGGCAAGCACAAGGGCCCCGCUACCUGACUGUGCCACAGCAGCGCCCAGAGGCCCUGGGCCUGCGCUUCGGUGCCGUGGCUGAGGCCUGUGGCAGGAGGGGAAGAGCCCACCUGGCGGUGGCAGAUCUGGCGUUGUGGGAACGCCAGCGCUGCCCACAUGAGGCUGUGCUGGCCACAGCUGGCUGUGGCUUGUCCUCCUGUGUCCAGGCCUUCAGGUCUGCUUCCCCAGGACAUUGGUGUCUGUGUUUUCUAUCCCUUUCCCUCCCUCCCUUAUUUUUGGUUCUGCCUCACACUUUUGCUGUUGUUGAGCGAGGCGGCUCCUGGGCAGAGCCCCUUCUGCCCCCACCCAGCCUCUGCUGCAGUGCCCUGUUCCCACAGCUGGUCAGGCAGGUCCUGCCUUCCCCUGCCCUCAGCACUCCGGGGAUGGCAACACCCCCUGCCAGCAUGGCCAGGCUCCUCGGGGGGGCCAUGGCAGCUCUAGUGCCAGCUGAGGAGGGGUGGGCUCGUCCCUGGAGCUGGGCUUUGUGCCCAGCCCUCUGGGGGGGUGUUGGGGGAUGGCGCGUGGCUCUGCUGCCCUGGUGCUCUCCUAGGGACCAGCUCUGUGGCCCUGGCAGUGUCUGCAGGUCACAGUGUUGCUCCAGGCCCAGCCCCCAGAGGAAACCCCCUGAACUGUGAACAGACCAAGUCCGAGGGUGGCCUCGGUGCAGCCGGGCCUGGCACCAGGGUGGACGCUGGAUGUGGAAGCGCUUGGUGCCCUUGGCAAAGCGCUCCAGGGUGGGGAGAGGGGGGUGGUAGCUGUAAUGCCCAGGGUGGGCUGUGGACUGCAGGGGCAGGUGGCAGCAGUGCUGGGAGCCCAAAGCUGCUGCUCGCUGG